CUUAACUAACCCAAUAAAGACAGAGCGAGAGAGAAAGAGAGAUCAGAAGAUUACACGGAAGAGAGAGAAGAUGUCUGGUGUGAUGGGAGAGGACGGUCUGGUCCCCAGAGCGCGCAGCAGGCUGCCGGUGGUGUGUUCUGCUGGACUGGGGCUUCUCAUGCUGCUGGUCGCUUGGCUGCUGGACCCUGCCAGGUUCAGUGAUCGAGCUGGAAUUAUCAUUUUUUGCAUCACAGUUGAAACGUUCAUUCACAGUAUGUGCUUGCUUGCAGAGGAGUGGCUCUUCCAUUCAAAGCAAAGGUAUCAUGGCAAAAUAAAUAAGAUCUUUCAGGCUUGCUUUAGAAGGCAUGUCGUUCUCGGAAUGUGUCCAAUAUGCCUGCUAGUGUUGUGGAAAAUUUCAUUCUCUGGAGAACAGAAGAGCACCAUUGCCCUCAUGUGUGCCGUUUCCCUGUUACUCAAAAGCUCGGGGUUUCUGGGCCCUGCUCCGGUUGAGAUCUCAGAAAUUUGUGAAAUGAAGAAGAUGAAUGUGGCACAUGGUUUGGCCUGGUCUUUCUAUCUUGGCUACCUCAGAUUUCUCCUUCCAGAUUUACAGAACAAGGUGAUUCAGUACUCCUCCACCAAGGGGAAACUGAGCUCUCCGCGUCUACAUAUCCUUCUGCCCCUCAACGCCAGGGUUCCAACCAAACCUGAAGAUGAGGACACUAAUGUGAUCUUCAGCGAGAACCUCCCCGAACUGGAGCGGGACACAGCAGGGGUGCGGAAACGUAGCUACAAGAAUAGUGUCUACAAGAUCACCCAGGACAGAGAGACUUUUAGCUGUGUUCUGGAAUACGCCACACCACUGCUGACGCUGUAUCAGAUGUCCCAUGAGAGCAGUGCAGGGUUUGGAGAAAACGAACGAAAGCAGCAGGUCCUGUUGUUCUACAGAACGCUCAGCCAAAUUCUGGAAGAUUCUCUCGAGUGCCGGAACCGUUACCGGCUCAUCCUGCUCAAUGAUGAGCACACAGGUGACCCUCAUUACCUCUCCAGAGAGAUCAUCCAGCACCUGAAACAGCAGGACAGAGAGAUUCACAUGAAUCCCAUCCAAGAGCUACCGAAUGAAGUCCAUCCUGUUCCAGAAGAGGGUCCGAUUAGGAAUUUUAAUGGUGCGCAUCAUCCAGAAGACCCAAUAAGCAAUGACCCCACCCUCAUGUUUAGCCAGCCACAUUCCUUAAGAUCUGAACCAGUGGAGACCACUGAUUAUUUUAACCAACCUAAUAAUGCAACGAGAUGAGGCUGAAUCAUACAGUGCUCUGCAUGAGAUCAUGGUUGCUUGUGUUCGGUCCUAGAAUUAUUCAACAGACCUUGAUGUAAUAAUAAUAUUUAAGAAUCCAUUAAAUCAGCUGUUCAUUACCAGCCUCAUUUUCUCUGUUUCCUCUCUGUCGUGUCUUGGUCUGUAAAUAUGAAAAAUUAUCUACCAGCACUCAAAUAUAUGCUCAUGACACAUUCACACUUCUAGUGUUAUUUUACUUUUAGUAUUAUUUUUGUUUUAGUAUUUACUUUAUUAUUUUAAUAACACUGGCAUUUUAUUAUUUAUUUUUAUGUUUUUGUUAACCCUUUAACUGUCAACCCGUCCCGUAUACGGGACACCUACAUUUACUUCACUAUAUUGCAAUGAAAUCUAAUCUAAUCUUGACAAACUAUAUUGGAAAGGUCUAAGACUCCCAAAUAUAUAUUUUACCAAUGUUUUUUGUUAAAAAUUAUGUAGGAAAAGUAAUAGAUUAAUUUAUGACAAGAGUGCACCCUCAAAAAUCUAAAUUAUAACAGGAGUUUUGACCUUUGUUUAAAAAAAUAAAAAUUUUUCUAAAUCACAUUUUAGAAAUCAUCAGAAAUUAUAUAUUGACUGAAGACUUAAAAUCUCAAAAUUCAUCCUUUAAAACCCUUUUUUUUUCAAUCAUCAGAGCCAUAUGGAUCUUUGAAUAUGUUGAAAGAUAUUGCAAAACACAGGACUUCUACUUAAAGAUGGUGAAAUUGUUUUAGAUUUUACAAGAAAAUAAAAUGAUUUUUUUUUUCUAUUGAAAAAUUAUUGUCUUCAUAUAUUCCUGUGUAUGCUUUUUCCCGUACUGAAGAACUACGUAUUCUCAAUAAAUGCUGUUGAAAAAUU